GACGUUCUUUCCAAAAGUAUCCAACUUAACUUUGAAGCAGUCUUACUAUUCCCUCUGAUAUCUGUCUGGUGUCCGCUUGUCAUCCUGAAACUCAACACAACAAUGACUGGUAUCGAAAGAAGUCCGAGUUCAAGCCCAGAGCCGCAAGUGGUUACUGAUGGUGAUGGCCGUGUUUGGGUUGAUGCAUCAUUUACUCAAGCGGGCUUUCACGUUGGAGAUAAAGUGUAUCUGCUUAUUCCCGGCGGACCACGCCACGGGCCUUACAAGGUCGCACAGGUGGCUUCUGCAGGCAGAUACGUUCUUUGCGAUGACGAAGGCCAGAAUGUUCGAAAUGGCGAGGAGAUAGAAGAGACGAAUCUAGAAGCUGCAUGAUGCGUUGGUCUGAUAUUGUUUCUACCAACGCCCGAUGGAGACGUAAUAAUACCCUUUGUAGCCAAGAAUUCA